GUCCCAUGUUCUCAUUGGACUUGAAUAUAUAUAGGUUUUUUUGGAACGAUAUCCGCAACCACCUUGUUGUUCUUCUCCUUUGAUCACUUUUGCGUCUUCAUCUUGCUCUUUUGCUACGAUCUACUUAGACACACACACAAUCAAUGGCUGCCUGUAAAGAACAGAUGCUACAACAAAGUCCAUUCUCGAUAGGUUUGUAUGAUGGUUAUGGGAAAAAGAGUAGCUGGAUUAUCAUGGAAGAUGAUGAUAAUCAUGCUCAUGAUGAUGAUGCUUACAAUUCAACAUCAUCUACAUCCUCCUCCAUUGGAAAUUCUACCUCUUCAAACAGAUCAUCAUUGUCAUCUUCAUCAGACUUGGUAGAUGAUGCAUCUUCAUCACCUUCAUCAUCUGGUUCUUCAUCCCAUCAUCAUAAUGGACCUUUGUAUGAAUUGUCAGAACUCAUGGCCCAAUUACCCAUCAAGAGAGGUCUUUCCAAGUUUUUCCAAGGCAAAUCAGAGUCAUUCACAUCUCUAUCAAAGGUGAUGAGUAUAGAAGACCUUGCUAAGAAGGAAAAUCCUUACAAUAUUAAAAGAAAAAUGAAGGCAUGUAAGAGCUAUGCUGGUGGUUUAGAUACCCACAAACCAUAUACCCUUCCCAAGGCCACCAUUUCCAAGAAGGUCUCAAGAGGUUCAUCAUCGUCAUCAUCAUCAUCUCUUUCUUUCACAAAUAGAAGAUCUGCUAGCUUUUCAUGUAACAAUAAGCUCCCUCCACUUCAUGUACAAAAGAACUUCUGAUGUACCAUUAUUUUCUUGAAAUGGCAUGAUUCAUGCAAAUCUUUGUCUUCUGAUAUGUACAAAUCUACCGACUAUAAAUGCCAAUUACUGAAAUUUGUUUGCCAAAAGAAA